CUCCGCGAGCGUAGCAAGUUUGGUUUACUGUCACACACACAAUAACACUGUAAAUAACACUCGCUUAAUGGUUUUAAUGUAACUAACAGCAUCGUCUCUAAUGGUUUUACCGGAUUUGUUCGCCUUCCUCUCAUUCUCUUUGUUCUAAUCAUCAGUAUUAUUUCGAGCGGUGUAAAGUGCACGGAGUAGGAGGCUGUCUCAUCAUUAACCGGUAGUAGUAAUGCACAGUGGAGUCAGAUGUGAUCGCACCCGACAAUGUCAAAUAAACACCAUCAUCUCUAACAGCGCCACAGGAGCUUUACAGCAAUAAUCGCUUUUCAGACGGGUUAAAACCGGAAUAUCUAAACGUCAGGUUUUUAUUGUUUGUUCAAUUCAUCCUAGCUUUGAAAAAAAGAUCAUGACAUCUUCUUAUCCCUGGUCCCACUGACACCUGACAGUCUUUUGACGUGCGUUCCUGUCAUCUUCAACCCACUCCUGCUAUGCAGCCAUGAGCUCCACGCUGUGGAGUCAGGAGAAGCCGGCUGGUUUUCGGGAUGACUGGCGCUUCUACAUCGUGGUGAAGGAAUGCACCGUAGAAAAGCCGGGCCAGAAGACCCUGCGCAUUGCACGGGGAAGCCUCGGCCAGGCCUGUCAGGAGCGCAACAGCCUCGGCCGCACCAUUCCUCCUGGUAAGGGUAAACGCAGCCUGCGCAUCUUGGACCAGACAAAUGUGGUGGUGAGCGUGGAUGAGCGGGAUGUAAUGGAGCUGGAGGAGAAGCUCGCCGAGCUGCUUUUCCCCAUCACCAACUGCGAAGAGCGCUACAGCCUUCUGUGCAACAGAGCGCGUCUGGACCGGGCCCGUGACAUCAGCUGCGGAUCCAAAGUCAAAGUGCAGCUGAGGUCUGGCGACGAGCCCCUUCCAGGUGUUGUCCGCUUUAAAGGAGCUUUGCUUCCUGACCCAGCACUGAGUGGAAUCUGGUUUGGUGUUGAAUUGCUGGAGGAGGGCCGGGGUCAGGGUUUCACAGAGGGCUCUUAUCAGGGUCAGCAGUUGUUUCGCUGUGAAGAUGAAUGUGGGGUGUUCGUUGCACUGGAUAAACUUGAGCUGUGGGAAGAUGAAGAUCUGGAGGUGGAUCGGGUGAAUCUAGUGGAUAAUGAACCGGAAGUUGAAGGAGAUGUCCCACCACUGGAAAUUAACUCUCGGGUAUUGGUGCAGACACGGGAUGGCCCAGAACGGGGCACUGUAAUCUUCUGUGAUUUAUUGCCUGGCAACGAGAGUCUUGGCUACUAUGUCGGCGUCGAUAUGGACAAUCCUAUUGGAGACUGGGAUGGGAUCUUCGACGGUAAACUGCUGUGUAAUUUCGCUAGUCUUGAACACACCCGACUCGUCCCCAUCUGUGAUGUGAUGCCAGAGUACUCCAUGCAGGAUCAGAGGCAGGCCAAAGCCAUUGGCUGCAGGAGUGGCAGUGAAAAGUCUGGCAGCCAGAGCAAACCAAAGUGCAAAGGGCUAGGCCUGCAGCCUGGCAACAGGAGCAAGUCUGAGUUUUAUUAUACUCUAAAUGGCAGCUCGGUCGAUCACCCUGCCCAGUCCAAAGCCAAAAGCACAUGGUACAUAGAUGAAGUCGGCGAGGAUCCGGCCAAAUCUUUAACAGACAUGCCUCCAGACUUCAAUCAGGCCUCAUCCCCUUCUCGGGCUCCACCCACAACCUCCUCGCUGUCCAGUGAUAACAAGUUCCACUCCCUGCCCUUCAGCUUGAGCCGCAAAGUUGGCCCCAAUGGUAGCAUGAACCAUGGCCCUCUCUCUCUGUCUGCCGGCUCUGUGAUGGGCGAGCAGCAGGAAAUCCUACCACCUGCAACAACACCUGUCCAGAGGCCACUUUCACCACUACAAGGUCAGCCAGGGUUAGAGGUCGGGUCAAUGGUGGAGGUCAAAGAAAACCCUCCACUGUGUGGGGUCAUUCGGUGGGUCGGCCUGCCUCCAGGGCUGCAGGAGCCGCUUGCCGGGCUAGAGCUGGAGGAGGAGUGUGUGGGCUGCACUGACGGCACAUUUAAAGGGAUUCGUUAUUUCACGUGUCCACCUAAGAAAGCUCUGUUUGUCAAGCUGAAGUGCUGCCGGCCUGACUCAAGGUUUCCAUCCUUACAUCAUUCACCCAACCCCAUAGAACGAUGCAACUCUAUAGCAUUUGGUGGUUACCUGAGUGAAGUAGUUAAUGAGAACACUCCUCCUCGGACGGAGAAUGAUGGCUUAGAGGUGAUGGUGGGGAAGAAGAAAGGAAUUCAAGGACAUUAUAACUCCUGCUAUCUGGACUCCACUCUGUUUUGUCUUUUCUCCUUUAGUUCUGUGUUGGAUACAGUGCUCCUGAGGCCCAGGUCCAAGACUGAUGUAGAAUAUUACAAAGAGACACAAGAGUUACUGCGAACAGAAAUCGUCAACCCACUGCGGAUACAUGGGUAUGUGUGUGCCACAAAAAUCAUGAAACUCAGAAGGAUAUUGGAGAAAGUGGAAGCAGCAUCAGGAUUCACUUCAGAAGAGAAGGAUCCUGAGGAGUUUCUCAACAUCCUGUUUCAUCACAUCUUGAGAGUUGACCCUCUUCUCAAACUACGAUCUGCCGGACAGAAGGUGCAGGACUGUUACUUCUAUCAAAUCUUUAUGGAUAAGAAAGAUAAAGUGCUGGUGCCAACCAGCCAGCAGCUUCUGGAGUGGUCUUUCAUCAACAGUGACCUCAAAUUUGCAGAGGCCCCAUCUUGCCUUAUAAUCCAGAUGCCUCGUUUUGGGAAGGACUUUAAGAUGUUUAAUAAAAUCUUCCCUUCUCUGGAGCUUGACAUCACAGAUCUAUUAGAUGACACUCCUAGAGAAUGUCGAAUCUGUGGUGGCUUAGCUCUAUAUGAGUGCAGAGAGUGCUAUGAUGACAGUGACAUUACACCAGGAAAGAUUAAGCAGUUCUGUGACAAGUGCAACACACAGGUACAUCUGCAUCCACGGCGUAAGUCUCAUCGGUAUGUUAGGUUAUCUGUCCCCAAAGAGCUGCAGGAGUCAGUGUGGAGACAGGGUUUUUACCCUCACCAGCAGAUGGAGCUGUUCGCCGUGCUCUGCAUUGAGACAAGCCACUAUGUUGCCUUCGUCAAAUACGGAUCUGCAGACUCUGCCUGGCUCUUCUUUGACAGUAUGGCUGACCGUGAUGGUGGUCAGAACGGGUUUAACAUACCACAGGUAUCCCCGUGCCCAGAAGUAGGAGCCUACCUGAAGAUGACCCCUGAGGAGCUCCACGCGCUAGACCCCAAGAACAUCCAGGGCUAUGCCCGCAGACUUCUCUGUGAUGCUUAUAUGUGCAUGUACCAGAGUCCAACUAUGAGCCUCUAUAAAUAGAGCAGGAGAACAAAAGAAAGACAGAACGGUAGAAAAAUCAAAAAGGAGAGGGAAUGCUGGAGGACACAGAUGAUAGAAAAAGGGAACAAAAAGAAGGUAUGCAAGCAAGUUGUGGACUAAAGUGUGAUUGAACAGAAAGCAAAGAAAGAGGAAGAAUGCUGCCCAAGACGACACGCAUUGACGCGCCCUCCAGAUUGAAUAACCCACGUACGGCUCCUCCGGUUGUUUCAUCUUCUCGUCUGCAUCUCUCUGUACAUACUGCAGGGUAAAUUUGUGCAUGAGAGCGAGAGAGGGAUCAAGAGAACAGAAAAAAACAAGCUUUUUUGCACUGUGUGAGAGUGUAUGUAUCAGUAUGUGUUUGUUGAAGUGUUGUUGUUGUGUUCACUUAUUUGUGCUGUCUUUUGCUGAGGUCAGACUCUGAGUGUUUGGAUCAGUGUAUCUCACCCAUCCUGCCUUUCGAGCGCGGACAGGGUCUGCACUCUUCCCUCCAGACACUCACUUUAUGCUCACCUUAUGGCUUCAUAUUCACCACCCACCGCCAGAACUGAACCCUUUGAACGGCGACACAUUCUUUACCUGUAAUGAAGCUGUGGAUGAAUUACACAGGAUGGCUUUAUUCUGUCAACGCAGUCAUGUCCACCAGCCCGUUAAUGCACUGCAGAAUCCAGCAUUAAGUAUAUUUCAGAUGCUCCGUGUGUCCAUCCCUGUUUUUUGCCUUUAUACUUUGCAUUGAAGUCUUUGUCUGGUGUGUCCAUGUACAGCAGAGCCCCGACUGCCACGCGCUGGUCACAGAUCAAGACAGAAGAAUGAGACGUUGA